AUGACAUCGGCAACGGCCAUUAGUACAAUUGUCAUUGAACCAGAAGAAACAAGAAGCCCUACUGAAUUAAAUGAGAAGGAGAAAUUUAAUAAACGUUUUAAACCAAGUAAUCAAAAACGAAAUAAUCAAUCUGACGAUCAGAAACGACAUCAACCAUCAUCAGCCAAUGUACAAUCAUUACGAGCUAAUGAUAUAAAAGAACAUCGAUUAUGGGCACUUGGUUCUUCAAUUGUUUGUUUUUUUCUUAUUGCACCUUUUAUUUGUCUUUAUCAUAGUCGUCGCAUACGAGACAUGAAAAAGAGUGGAGAAUUAACUCGAGCUCAAUCAUUAUCGUGUCGCGUUAACAAUAUGCUCAUGAUAUCAAAUAUCAUAGGUAUUGUAAUAUGGGUUGCUAUACUUUUCGUCAUUGCUGUACUUUUUAUAAUGGGUGCUAUUCGUUAG